CUGUCCUGUCCUGAGCUGUGUGGCCCAAAUACUGUUGAGAACUUGCUCUGCCUCUGCCCUGUGCCCCCGGGGCUGCUCUUGGCCUGGCAGCCUCAGUGGGAGCCAGCACUGGCUGCAACCCCAGCGGGCCCCCCAGGACAAGGCCCAGCAAUGAAGAGGCCAAUGAAAGCACUGGGCAGCAGCAGAGCCCUCAGCAGAGUUCUUUGGACAACCACGGACUGGCCACAGCUCCAGUGCAGCAUGACUACGAGUCAGGCUACCAAUGCUAUGAGCAGAGUUACAAGAAAGCUGUGGAGAAAAAUCAACAACUGACCGUCUGCUCUGGUACAGCUUCCGAAUGCCAAGAUAGCAGCCGAUCAGCACGAGGGGCACGGUGAACAGUGUCACCACCGUGCCUAUCAUGCAGGACCUGCGCACAUCCUGGGGGCAGACAAUUCUUGGGAGGCGCACUGGAUCCGGGGGCAAAUAUUCUUGUUUCAGUGAUAACGUCUGUGGGAGCAGUGGGGAGCGUGAGCCCGUGCUGUGCUGCGCUGCCGAGCUGGCAGCACGGUGGAUACGGCCAGGACGUUCUCUGUUUCCCCCAGAGCUGGGGCCUGCAGGCCCCUUGCCGCCCCUUGGCACAGGCUGUGCCACCCAACAAAGCCCAGCAGGCCGGGAGGAGAGCCCGGGGCCAGCACAGCUGCUUGGGCAGUCGCUGCUUCGAGGGACACGGGCCAAACCCAUCCCUGAGCAGCCCAGAACAGGAGCUCAGGAUGGAGAGCAGGGAGGACAAAUCCCCACGGCAGAACCUCGUGGAAGAGGCCGUUUUGAGCGGCUCCACGGUGCAGGAAUCCAACGGGGAGGAAAAGCCCCAGAGAUGCUGCACGAGGAGGGGCUGCAAAGGCAGAUCACGGGGAUCUGAGGAGGAAAGACCCACCCUGGGCUGGGGAGGCGGCCGGAGAUGGAGCCAGAGCUCGGAGCUGGUGGUCCCUGAGCAGCUCCAGGAUGGGGAGAAGCCCCACAAGUGCUCAGAGUGUGGGAAGAGCUUCAGGUACAGCUCCCAGCUGAGCAGGCACCAGAGGACCCACAAUGAGGAGAGGCCCUGCGAGUGUGGGGAGUGUGGGACAAGCUUCAGCCAGAGCUCCAACCUUUUCAGCCACCAGAAAAUCCACACUGGGGAGAGGCCCUACGAGUGUUCCAAGUGUGGGAAGAGGUUUAAGACCAGCUCCAAUCUCCUCAAGCACUAUUGGGUUCACACAGAGGAGAGGCCCUUCUGCUGCCCUGACUGCGGGAAGGGAUUCAGGAGGAACUCCCACCUCAUCACCUGCUCUCCUCUCCGGGGAGAGGCCCUACAAGUGUCCCCAGUGUGGGAAGAGCUUCUCACAGAGCUCUACCUGGGCCCAACACCAACGGAGGCACCGGUAAGGGAAGCCCUGUGAGUGCCCCGAGUGUGAGAAGAGCAAAACUCCAUCCCCCACUACAGGACCCACACUGGGCACAGCCCUGGUCACCCACAUUCCCUGUCAUCCAUGUUGGGAACACAGCUGGCUGCUUUUCCUUUUGUGUUGACCUUAAUUUUUUUCUCUUCUCCAUCCCUCUGCACUCCAAAAGCCAAGAGGGAUCCAUCUUUCACCUCAAAACCACUCACAUGCUACUGAAAACAACUGUAUUUUAAGCCAUAAAACACAAUCCCACCUCAAAUUGUUUGUUCUCACCUCAAAAACCUCAAUCCCUUGCCAAACUCUCUC